UGGAGGCAACCGGUAUCAACCAGGGGCCAGCAUGAGCCGGAGGGAGGGAAGUCUGGAAGACCCCCAGGCUGACUCCUCAGUCUCACCCCUUCCGCUCUUGGAGGCCAAGAUCCGGCAGACACACAGCCUUGCCCGCCUCCUUACCAAAUACGCCGAGCAGCUGCUCCAGGAAUAUGUGCAGCACCAGGGAGACCCCUUCGGGCUCCCUGGCUUCUCGCCUCCGCGGUUGCCGGUGGCCGGCCUGAGCGCCCCGGCCCCGGGCCACGCGGGCCUGCCGGUGCCCGAGCAGCUGCAGCUGGACGCGGGGGCGCUGGCUGCGCUGCCGCCGCUGCUGGAAGUGGUGCGCCGCCGACAGGCCGAGCUGAACCCGCGCGCGCUGCGCCUGCUGCGGCGCCUGGAGGACGCGGCGCGCCAGGCCCGGGCCCUGGGCGCUGCGGUGGAGGCCGUGCUGGCUGCGCUGGGCGCCGAGCCCCGCGGGCCCCGGCUCGAGCCCGCCGCCGCCUCCGCCGCCGGCGUCUUCCCGGCCAAGGUGCUGGGGCUCCGCGUGUGCGGCCUCUACAGCGAGUGGGUGAGCCGCACCGAGGCCGACCUGAGCCAGCUGGUGCCCGGGGGCCCCGCCUGAGCGCGGGCGGUCUGCGGCUCGCUGUCACUUCCUGGUCUUGCUCCAUCUCUGUUAGGGCCGGUAGGAGCUCGGACCCUCUCCAUCUCUCUGCCUCUGUCGUCCCGAUUUGCUUUGUACGCUCUCAUUCUCUUUCUCUCUCAGGACCUUCCUGUUUCUGUAUGUGACUGUCCAUGUCCAUCACAUGCUUGCUUUCCCACUCUUUUCUCCAUCAAUCGGGCCUGCCUCAGGCUCUCAUGGCCACCGUCUGGGCGCCACUUUGUUUCCCCUUCUCCCAUUUAGCUCCUCUUGGCGCCAGGUGAGCACAUGUACAUCUCAGCUCAUCUCAAGGAGGGGACAGACACCUCGUCACUCUGUUUCCUGUCCUUUGCUACUGGCCCUUGGGUGGGAGGGCCGCUCCAGACAAAGGUCAGCCUCUUUCCCCCAGGGUCACUCCACCUGCUGUCCUCUCCCUUCCGGUCCCAUGCCAUCUCUUUGGGCCUUGGGGCCCUGCCCACUCUCCCUUUGAGGUCCUUCCCCUUCAUCCUUUCCCUCUGCCCUAUCCUUGCACCGCCCCCGCCCCCAAGCCAGGUCUGUGGAGAGAAGCAAUCAACACCUUCAAAGAGUUUUAUUUCUGAGAAUAAAUUAAAUUUUUUUGUAAAUAAAAUGUU